AGGGAAUUUUAUGAACACUCCGGAUCGUCUCCGGGCGUCACCGUGAGGAGGCGGAGAGUUGGUUGAAGAGAGAGAAGUUCCAUAGAGCAGGAGCCGGGCAUGUUCGGACAUAUCCAGGCAGACCAGCCUACCAACAUGCACGGUGUGCUGUCAUUACGUACUAAUUAGACUUAUUCACAGACCAAAUGUAGCCCAGUCUAUAGGCCGUUGUGACUUGUCAUAGCGCAAACUGAUAUGUUGUCCUGAGGAGCACAUAGCAGAUAAAACUUGCAUUUCAUGGAUUCUUCUUGAGACGCACCACGGCUUAACACUUUCGAAGUUUUGGUCAUACUGGUAGACUUUGGAUACGCGUGGCCAUGUCUCUCCAGGGCAAGGUGAUGAGAGACGGGUUGUUGGAGAAGCGCAGCAGCGGGCUCCUCCAGCUGUGGAAGAAGAAACGCUGCGUACUCACCGAGGACGGGCUGCGCCUGCACGACUGCAAGGGCAGCGGUGGUGGGGAUGCUCCAAGCUCGGCGUUGAGCUCCAAAGCCAAGGAACUCCGCUUUGAGCGCAUGGCCACGGUGGACUGUGUGGAGUACAAACGAGGGCUGGUGUACUUCACUGUGGUCAUGGCCACGGGGAAGGAAAUUGACUUUCGCUGUCCCCAAGAGGGUACGGCAUGGAACGCGGAGAUUGCUUUGGCCCUGGUGCGCUAUAAGAACCUGCUGGCAGUUCAGACAGGGAGGAACCGACACUUGUCUAAAGCAAACCUGGGUAGUACCGGGGAGGAUGAAGAGCUCUGAAUCGAUGAAGCCUUUCUAGUGUCCUGAGGGUGAACCAGUCAGAGCGGAGGUGGGAGGACACCAUCCUUGCGCUGGCUCGAUUCUUUUGGAUACAGCAUGAAUGUGGAUUCAAGGACUGAGAAAAAGUGUUAAAGACAACUGUCUUGACUUCCUACGAGCAUAUUCACAUUGUCAAAACAUAGGAAUCAGAUGUAAAAUGAUUAAAACUGUUUUUUUUUUGUGUCAUGACCUUGUUGAAUGAGGUCAAUGUGGAGCUCGCUGCAUAAGGGAAAGAUGGGUUUUUUUGUGAACUGAGUCUGUAGCACUAACACAUUGUUUGCCCACUUUGCCUUGAUGUUUCAACAUACUUCUAUUUCGAGCAGCUUUCAACGCUGCUGAAACAGGAGUCACUUUGUUCAGUCUCAUUUUUAAUGGCAAUACGUCAUUUGGCUUUGAAAACUUUUGUUAUAGACUGAUCAGAUCAGCAUGUUUUUCUAAAGCUGAGCAUGAAGAAUGCACUUUGUAAACCUUACUAUAUAUUUGCUGAAACCAUGUACAGUAUUAUUCUUAAAAAGAUCA